AUGACCUAUAUUGCCUCCCCCGUCUCUACAAUCUGCGUCGGUCAAGCCGCUUCCAUGGGCUCCUUACUCCUCUGCGGCGGACAAGCCGGCCAGCGGUACUGCCUCCCGCACUCCUCGAUUAUGAUCCACCAGCCAUCCGGCGGAUACUUUGGACAAGCCACCGACAUCGCAAUCCACGCGAAGGAGAUCCUGCGCGUUCGGCACCAGCUGAACCAGAUCUACAAGCGGCACUUGACAGGCAAGAAGGAAUUAUCACUGGAUGAGAUUGAGAAGUUGAUGGAGCGGGAUUACUUCAUGGGCGCGAGGGAGGCGCUUGAGUUGGGCAUCGUGGAUGAGAUUUUGGAUCGUAGGGUUAAGACUGGACCUGAUGGGGAAGGGAAAAAGGAGCAAAUACCCAAUGCGAGAUAA